CAUGAGCUCUUGAAGUGUCCCCUUAUGAGGUUCAUCAAUCGCGUUCAAGUGGUUCCUCUGUUCAUGGAAAACGCUAUUCUACACCCAUAAACCAUGCCAGCUCCAUUUUCACAAUCUGAGGUUGAAUCCCUAGUGACGUCUUUUCUGUCAUCAAACAACGAUUAUACCGAUACCCAGGCUCUCAUCACCUACAUCCUCACAGAGCUAAAGCCUAAAACCUUGGACUACAAGCUGAUUGUGAGUGCGACAUUGAUAUCUAAUGACACUCAAGCAUACAACAAACAUUCGUUAGGGUUUCUAUGGGACGAGAAGAAUGAUGGUAACUACACCGUGAAACAAACCGUUGAGAAUGGAACCAUAAUAGUCAACGUUUCGUAUAUAAAGCUUUAACAAAGAGUAUGGACUAUUCAUGUCGUGCGAUUCAUUA